AUGAUUAUUGUUGUGAAUUACAAGAUAGAUAUAUGGAGUGAUCAUUCAUUUCAGACAGAUCCAGACUUACCACCUGGCUGGAAAAAAAUCAAUGACAUUGCUGGGAUCUACUACUGGCACAUACCAACAGGAACAACUCAAUGGCAGCGUCCUGUGUCCACCCCAACAGAUCUCCAAGGCUCACGGAAAGGAUCGCUGGGUUCUAUUACUCCAUCUCCUACUCCAGAAACUGAGAAACAGCCAUGGAGUGAUUUUGCUGUACUGAAUGGGGGAAAGAUUAAUAGUGACAUUUGGAAGGAUCUGCAUGCAGCCACUGUGAACCCAGACCCAAGUCUGAAGGAGUUUGAAGGAGCAACAUUACGCUAUGCCUCUUUGAAGCUCAGAAAUGGCCCACAGUCUGAUGAUGAUGAUUCUUGUAGCAUCAACAGUGAUCCAGAAGCCAAGUGCUUUGCUGUGCGAUCUCUGGGCUGGGUAGAAAUGGCAGAAGAUGAUCUUGCUCCUGGAAAAAGCAGUGUUGCUGUGAACAAUUGCAUCAGACAACUCUCUUACUGUAAAAAUGACAUCAGAGACACUGUCGGCAUUUGGGGAGAGGGCAAAGACAUGUACCUUAUACUGGAAAAUGACAUGCUGAACCUGAUUGACCCCAUGGACCGCACAGUUCUUCACUCACAGCCUAUUGUGAGCAUCAGAGUCUGGGGCGUGGGGCGUGACAACGGCCGAGAGAGAGACUUUGCUUACGUGGCCAGAGACAAAGACACAAGAAUUCUGAAAUGUCAUGUGUUCCGAUGUGACACACCCGCAAAAGCCAUCGCCACAAGCUUACACGAAAUCUGCUCGAAGAUUAUGGCCGAACGGAAGAAUGCUAAAGCUAUGGCUUGCAGCUCAUUGCAAGACAGGACAAAUGUCACCCUUGAUGUUCCUCUGCAAGUAGAUUUCCCAACACCAAAGACAGAACUGGUACAGAAGUUCCACGUCCAGUACCUGGGCAUGCUACCGGUAGCUAAACCUGUGGGAAUGGAUACUCUGAACAGUGCCGUUGAAAGUCUAAUGGCUGCCUCUAGCAAAGAGGACUGGAUGCCAGUUACCAUGAACGUCGCUGAUGCUACUGUCACAGUUAUCAAUGAAAGAAACGAAGAGGAGAUCCUGGUGGAGUGUCGUGUGCGGUUCCUGUCCUUCAUGGGCGUGGGCAAGGACGUCCACACAUUCGCCUUCAUCAUGGACACAGGAAACCAGCACUUCGAGUGCCACGUCUUCUGGUGCGAGCCGAACGCGGGCAACGUGUCGGAGGCUGUUCAGGCUGCCUGUAUGUUACGGUAUCAGAAGUGCUUAGUAGCCAGACCUCCUUCACAGAAAGUUCGACCUCCCCCACCUCCUGCAGACUCGGUGACUAGAAGAGUUACAACUAACGUGAAAAGAGGCGUGUUGUCCCUCAUUGACACUUUGAAACAGAAACGCCCAGUCACUGAGAUGCCAUAGCUGCGUAAGAGAGAAGAUCCUCCUAACACUUAACUGAAGAUAACAGUAGCUACACUAAGGAAAAUGAACUGAUGAUGUCUGGCCUUCCAUUUCCAAUUGCUGAUGCUUUGUCUUCAGAGAAUUUACCCUUAUCAAAACUAUGUUAGACAAGCAUGUUCUCUCGUUCUUGCCACCAUCGUGUGAUAUGAAAAGAAGCAUGAAUAAUUUUUUGCUGUCAGUGAGUUACAUCAUGAGCAAUGGAAGGUCUGUUUGAUUGUAAAUACAAGAACAUUACCUAAACUCACAUAAAAAAAGAAUAUGGCCACGUCCCUCCCAGUGAACUCAUGCUAAAGUCCUUGGAGU